AUCCCUUCGGCUUUUCCACUUGUUUUGUGUAUCAAAUUAAGAAACGGAGGCAAUGGCUUUAAGAAUCAACUGCUCAUCUUCUUCACUUCUUCUCCUUCCUCAAGCUCCCCAUUCCAAUUCCUUCCACUCUACAAAAUCGUCUAAAUUAUCUCUGAAAGAAGAUGAACGAUCAUGGAGAAGUCGUCGAAGCGUAUGCGCUUUAGGUUUAGCGAGUUUGAUUUUCGCAAUCGAAAUCAGCGACGUCUUCAUUGCUAGUGAAUCUCUUGCUGUGGAAUCGCCGCCGCAAGUACUUGUGGAUUAUUACUCACGGAUCAGGCGUAUGAAGAAGAUAUCGAGAUGGAGCGAUAAGAUCAGAAAAUGCGCUCCAUGGCGAGCGAAUUCGUUGGAGAUCAUUGUGCCGGAGAACCUCCCGAGGGCGUCACAGCGUCGGAAGUGGGAAGGAAUUGCAUAUAAUGAAUUCAUAGAUGUGAAGAAGAACGCUCCUCCGGGAAUUCAAGUAAGUGCUUCUGAAAUUAGCUCUGAUAAUUACUGUUUCUCUUUGUAAAAUUUGUAUGGAUUUUACUUAGAAAGUCGUUUGAUCAAUCAAUCACAUGACUGGGUAUAUUGUUAAUAUUGCUUGUUUCGGUUGUUGUAUCAAUGAAAUCCAAGUACAGAUCGGCGUUGUUGUAGUACAUGAUGCAGUACGUUACAUAUUAAUUAAUUAAACUUCAAACCAAUUCCGCUUU